AUCAGCGCGUAGGAAGAAGUAAGCUGAUAAUAACAAACGGCAAUAUUUCUGACUUGAAUAAACACAACCAAAACCACUCUACUCCAGUCAGGUGGCAAGACCGGAUUAGCAAAUGGUGAGGGCGAAUUUUCCUGCAAAUUAAUUAAAGAUGGUUACUGUACAAGUACCUGCAGCGUAUGGCUACUGUGUUCUUGUAGCUGUAUUCUCCAUAUUUGUAUUAAUAUGGAAAGGUGUGAAGGUUGGCGGUGCCCGCAAGAAGUACAAGGUUUCUUACCCUACAAUGUACAGCAAGGAUAAUGAUAUCUUUAACUGUUACCAGCGUGCCCACCAGAACACACUUGAGAACUACCCGCAAUUUCUUGUACUUCUCUUUUUCGGAGGUUUAUAUAACCCCAUUGUGUGUGCCGUUGGUGGUGCUAUAUGGUGUGUAGCACGUAUUGUUUAUGCCUUGGGAUAUUACACUGGAGAUCCCAAGAAACGCAUGGGUGGCGCCUUUGGCUACCUCGGUCUGAUAGCCAUGCUUUACUGCACUGUCCGUUUUGCUACUGGGCUCCUUGGCUGGUUUUAAGUUUUCUACAGGUUAUUAAAAGCUUGUUUCACUACCAAGACCACUUUCUGUGGUGAUUAUAUAUCUCCAGAUAUAUGAAGUCCUAGAAGUGCCAUACACAUGUUAGUAUUAGGGAACAGAUAAAGAUAUUAUGAAUGAAACUGAAUAAUUGCAUUAUGUAAGAGAUAGGGCUUUAGAUGAUAAGUAACAUAUUGUGGAUUCUGGCAUUUUUUGCUGUUUUUAUCAUUUCUUUUGCACAAAGUAUGAAUUCAGUACUACAUUCUUGAUGUGAUGUAAUUGUUGAUGUUUAAUAAAUUGUUUGUUUUUCAUA